GAUAUAUAUAUGUUAAAAUAGACAUUUAUAUUCCCCUUUUUUUGUUGAUUCAUCGUUGUUAUGGUUGUGACUCAUUAUUUUUAAGGAGAAGAAACACGAGAACAGAUCUUUAUUUUCUUUAACAUUCAAUACAAGGGCUGUAUCAAUUGUUUGAUUUGAAAUGGCAUACGCCGUGUACAAACACCUCGUGAUUUAAACGUGUUAUUGUAUAUUAAGCUCAGUGAACUGGACAAAGAGAACAAAUAGUCAACGGGUUUAUCGACUACUGGACAGUAAGAACCAACUGUUAGAAUAUUUUAACUUAGAUGCAGUUUCGGUUACUGGAUUCGAGUCCCCGUGACGUCAAGCUAAGGUAGGCUAAGUAGGUUAAGGUGUCCCGCGCGACCGCCUUUGUAUUCUGCUAUAAAUUCAUAUUGUUAUUGAGCACUAUUCUUCACAGCAUAUAAUCGAUCUGCCACAAAGGCAAAGUCUUGUCGAUUUGAAUGUCGCCUUAUUCACGGUCGCAGUAAGCUAACAUAGUCUCGGUACACAAAGCGCGAUGAAGUUAUAAGCCCGUAUCCUAUGUACAUUUGCCAGUUCAGGUAAGUUGAGAACAACGGCUGGAAAAAUAUUAAAAACAGCGCUUCGUUUUUCGUGACUUGACGGGACAUUUUGAUAAAUUCAAGAGAUAGGAAAUCCACCAAGCAGGCUGCUGAGUUACAGAAUAUGUCUGGGGACAUGUCGAUUCCUGGGACAUCCAAGACACAACCGAAACCCUCCCCUGAUGCAUACGCAAGCCUUUCGACGCAGAUCAACGAAGACUUUCUCACGUGUCAAAUAUGCAUGGAACUUUUCAAAGAACCAAAGGGCCUGCCAUGUUACCACACGUUCUGUUUAGGGUGUAUAGAGGAUUAUUUACGGCGUCUAAACCCUAAAUAUGGUACCGCGGGCUUUCAGAUGAAAUUCUCUUGCCCAGUGUGUUGCAAAGAAAUUCAAGUACCAGAAGAAGGUGCUAAGGGGUUUCCAACUAAUCUGUUGGCUAACAAUCUCAAGGAAAAACUACAAAAACGUAAGCGUGCUCUUCUCCAAAAUGUCACAGAAGAAAACCUAUGUGUGUGCGGUACCGUUGCCUUGUCCAUCUGCCUGGAAUGCGAUCAGCUGCUAUGUGGCCAUUGUGAAAAGUCACACAAAGCCCUCAAAAUUACCGAAGCACACGAGAUCAUGUUGCUCAAAGAUUACAGCAGUGCUGACAGCAAAACCACGAUGCUUCAGAGAAGAAAAAUAAAAUGCCGUAGCCAUCCUGCUGAAAUUUUAACUUAUUACUGCAUUGAUGAUAGUGAAGUUAUUUGCAGGGAAUGCGUUGUCAAGUCGCACAGCAAACACAGUUUCAUUGAGCUGACAUCGGUAGCAGACAAGCACAGAGGCCAGUUACAAAAUAUGCUGAAAGUGGUCAAAGGGAAUACAGAAAAACACCAAGCAGCUAUUAAAGAACAUGAAAAUGCAACCUUGUCGCUAGAAACUUCGAAGUCCGGAUUAAAGCAGAAAGUCGAAGACCGCUACGAGAAACUUGUUACUCAACUAGGCAAACACAAAGAAAAAGUAAUGGAAAAAAUCGACAAUGAGUUCGAACAGCAAAUGCGUGGACUUUCCCUAACCUUGGCUGCACUCAAGGAUGGAUGCGUUACGUCUCAAGGUUUAGCUGGGUUUAUUGAGGAACUGGAAACGUGUGGAUGUGAUGCCGAGGUAGCUACAUACGUUCAAAGUUUGGAAGGGAAAGUUGAGAAGCUGGAUAUCGUGCCUGCCAAAAAACCAGUGAACAGCGCCGAUGUUUACAUAUCCUCUCCCAAUAGUGACCUCACAGAUGGGAAAGUAUUAGAUGGCUUAUUCGGAAGAGUUCAGACAAGGAAAGAAAGUGCUGAGGAGUCCUCAAAGAGCGCAAGAUCACACAGCAGUCCAACUCUAGAUGUGGGGGGUAGUAACCAGCCCAGCAAUCCUGGUGCGUCGUCCGCCGCAGCAGGGCGUGUUUAUUUGCCACAUGAAGGCAGCAGGGGUGUGCAAGGACGACACAACCAACAGGUGCAACAAAGAGACGUGCGGCAACGUGCACGUAUACCUCAGAGGGCUGACAAACACAAGAGCUGUAGCUCUCAGUGACAUUUCAGUAAUUUAAUCAGAACACAGUGCGUAUUACAUAUGUCGUAAGGAACGAAUAAUUUCUGCAAAACACCUCUCGAAACAAAAACCGGAUUUUGAGCGCACUUCACUGCCUUCCCUUCUGGUUAUUAUCAAAAAUUUUUUCAUUUUUUUUUUCAAAACAUUACAUUCAAAUCCGCUUGGUUAUCUUUCAUUUUUAAUUAUUUAAUUUAUUUAUUCCUAUUGUCCUUUAAUCAUUCCAUUUUUAAAAUUUCUGUUGUCCUGACGGACAUCCAAUAUUAUAUCACACCUCGCUGUCAUAGGCCUCAGUGCGUUAGGCCGUUUUUUACUAGUGAAGAUUUGAUGGUUUAAAUAAACACGGCAGAUUUAAUUCUUAUAAUGAUUAUCAAUUUCGAGUAUCACUUUAUUUUGGUAAAAAAGCGCCCCUGUGCCUUUAUUGUUUUACAGUAGGCCUAAACUAAAACGAUAGAAAAUUGUUGCAAGGGAUUUAGUUGAAACAAUUUUUGUUGUUGUUAAUGAUAUAGAAUUAUUAUAUGGAUAAUAUAUGUGAAUCUUAGAAAGAAAUGAGACAAAUAUAUUUUAAAUUUUCA